GUCGUCUAGAUGGCAUUCGCGUCUGUUAUUUUCCUGGUUAUUUUUGCGGCUUUUUGUUUCCUGCAAGAAGGAAGGGCAACUAGAGAAUGGUACAAGGAGGAUUUUCCGAAUCCUACGAGAGAUGUUAAAGGUUGUGGUCGUAGAGGAGAGGUUUCCUGGAUCUGUGAUCCGGAGAAUAUUCUCAGCUACAAGGCUGCCAACAAGAUUGAAGAGUUGAUAUAUUCAGUUGUUAAAAAUACUUAUUCAGGGUGCAGCAACGAUGAGAAACCUGGAUUUCAAAUUGGCGUUGCAGUUUUAAACCGAAUGAGAGGCAUUCCUGGUGAACCUGUUGAAGAAACAGCGAAGACGUUUGCCAAACAUUUACAUGACAGCUGGGGUGUCGGCCACGCGGGAUGUGAUGACGGAGCAAUGUUGCUGAUUUCCAUUUUAGAUCGUCAACUGUAUGUCUCCACAGGAAAAAGAGCCAUGAAAUUGUUAUCCGAUGACCAGAUUGAUAUUAUCAUUGAGGAAAUGAAGCCAUACAUGCAAAAGAGAGAUUACGAUCAAGGUGUGGAACUCGCCAUUGUCCGAAUGGGUGAAGUUUUCAGCGGUAAAGUCCUCGAGCGUUCAACAAACUAUGGUCUUAUCGUCUUCUGUGUGCUGUUGAUCAUUAUUGUUGGUGUUGGGCUGUACAUUGGGCAUAAGCAAGAACAAGAACGUAAAAGAUGUGAAAGAAAACUGAAGAGAAUUCAAGACGAAAGAGACAGAGCUAGACAGUCUCAAAAAACUUAUGAAAGCAAAUCAUGUCCCAUUUGCUUGGAGGAAUUUCAGCCGGAAACGAAAACAAGGCUGUUGGCUUGUGGUCACAAAUACUGUGAACCUUGCUUGACCAAGUGGCUGGAAGACCAUGCAACUUGUCCAAUCUGCCGCCAAUCAGCUGACAGACGUGAAGAUGAAGGUGGUGCCUGCCAUACCUAUGACUUCCUCCCUGAUCUUCAGUUCCGACUGAUGAUGUUACAGCUGCAGCACCCAUCAUUUGUUACACCCACCAUGGUGGACAGAUGGGGCAGCAGCAGUUACACAGGGAGUUUUACUUCUGAUCCCAUUUUUGUCAGGUCACCUAUGGUUGGGGGAGGUAGCUUUGGCAGUGGUGCAGGGUUUGGUGGAGGUGGAAGUAGUGGAGGUGGUGGUCACGGAGGCAGCUGGUAACAUGCACAAAGCUGUAUCAGGUCAAACCUAAUGGAUAUUUGAUGAAGACUUUCACAAGCAAAGAACUUACAGAGGGUACCUCAGUUUUAAAUUCUGGAGUUCUUGUAGAGGGUCUCCAUGCCUUUUUGUUUUUCCUCUUUCUACUAACUAAAGGUAAAUUUUGUGUACACAUUGUCAUAAGGCUUACAAUGAUGAUGAUGACAUUGAUAUCAGUUUCCAGGCUAGUGCAGCUCAGAAUAAGUUGGCAUGGACAGUUUUUCAUUGCUGUACAAUGUAUAUGUAAAACAUGACUCAAAUAUGAGCUGAAAAAAAGUUGUCUUCCGUGAACAUCAGGUUACUGGUUCAAAAAUGGGUCAGGAUUGGUUAAGUAAACUUAAUGUGUCAUGGCACUUCUAGGCUAAACUGAAAGGGAUGUUAUGCUUGAUUUUAUAUGAUAUCUUGCAUUCCCACAAGAGCCACAGUUAAAACUGUAGUGUUAUUUGUAGUCUGCAGUAGCACUUUUAUUUGCCAUAAAUAGUGGUCCGCAAUCAUCACAUAGUAUUCUAUUGAGUGAGGAAAAUAGAGGCCUAGUGUCAUCAGAUAAAAAAAUCCUCAGUUUUGAAUUUGAAGUCUGUUCAUUCCAUGAUGUGCUGAAUAUUUCAAAUUAUGAAAAUCGAAAGUUAAUAACUUCUUAUGAUUAGAACUAUUUGAUUUAUCCAUGGAUCAAUUGUUCAGAUUCUGAAAUGUAGAGAUAACAUCUUUAUUAAAUGAAAAU